CGGGCGGGAGGCGGCGGGGCGGGACGCAGAGGGCCGCCCCCGGGCACGGCCCCCGCGGGCACGGCCCCCCGGGAGCGGCGGGCGCGGCGGGCGCGGGCGCGGGAGCAUGCCGUACCUCCUCAUCAGCACCCAGAUCCGCAUGGAGGUUGGCCCCACCAUGGUGGGAGACGAGCAUUCGGACCCCAGCCUGAUGAGCUUCCUGGGGGCCACGAAGAGGAACAUGCUGGGCAAUCACUUCUGGGAGUACUAUGUGAACGAUGCACCGCGGAUAGUCUUGAACAAGCUGGAGAGCUGUGGGUACCGCGUGGUGAGCAUGACAGGCGUGGGCCAGACGCUGGUGUGGUGCCUCCACAAGGAAUAGCGAGGAAGACGUCUGCGUUCCACCUGGACAAGAUCCUGCUGGGGUUCAUCUCACACAGGACUGAAAAAAAAUUUCCCCUUAAUUCCUUUCUGCCCCAGACCCCAGGUACUUGGGUGUUGGGGGGAGGAGUGGUGUAGAGGCAAAACUUGACCCAAUGGAAACUCUCCAGCCCUGCUGUUUCAUAAGACCUGGCGGAGAAAGGUAUGCCCUGUCCAGACAAAAUCAGGCAGAGAGAACAGAUGGCUCGCUCUCUGCAUUCAUCAGAACGGCAGUCUGGCAACUACCAGGUUUUUCCAUUUUAAUCAUCUCCUAUUUAGCAUGCAUUGGAGGAGGCUCAAACAACAGACUUGUCUGGCUGUCCCUCAGGGCUGCCCCAGAGAGAGGUACACGCUGAGUUCAGGGCAUACCUUCUCCCGGGCCGCAGGGGUAGGGAGGGCAGGCCAGGCACGGAUGGCAAAGGUUCUCAUCCCAGAAACGUAAGCGGGAACUGCUACACCUACACAGCGCUCUUCGAGAAUCCCUUCACUCGGCAGCAAGCCUGGUUUCUCUCCCGAAUGGGAUUGCGGUUAGCAGCGUAAUCAGGCUUUCAGCCCCAAGAGUGCCAUUCAAGCAUAACACACCGUUCCUGAACAGCCUUAGAGCAGCACAGAAAGGUCUUGUGAACAUUUCAGGUACGGGCUCUGUAAUCUUUAACAGCAGCAGCUGCAAUGCUGGGUUAUUUGGGGCUGUGUAUCAAUCCUGCUUUAGGGGUAACACCAAUAAAACAUUUCUCUAAACAGA